GAAGAAGAAGAAGCAUCGGCGUCACUGCCCUGCGGUUCCCUCACAGCGUCGGUACUGUCGGAGAGGCCUUGGUUUGACUUCAACAUUUUAUUCUUUCUCUGAUUAAAACACGGCUUACACAGAUCGUUGGUUGAUUUAGUAUAGUUAAAUGCUAGAGAAGACGAGGUAGUUUUAACUUUACCGCUGUUUAAAUAAUGUAGCGCUAACAUUUAUCUUCGCUGGCUAGCUAACGGGUAAGCUAGCAGCCAAUGUUGUUGUUUAGAUCGCUGACUAAAACGAGAGUCUAAUACUAGACGCCUGGAAUAAUAUUUGUGUAUUUAAGUUCGGUAAGAAAUAUCAUGUAUAACGCUUAAGCAAUAGAGGCAAACAAAUAAAUAUUUAGAUACUAAUUGGAAUACUAGCUAGCCAGCGCUAACGUCAAACAGCUGUCUACUGGCGUCCGCUGACUCUCUGGGGACCCUUCGGGUUGUCCUUUAACACCGAGCCCACUGAUAGUUCCUGGGGAGCUUCUAAAGCUCUCAGUAAACCUGAUCCAAUGCGUGGUAUGAUGGGAACUCAAACCAGUCCAGUCAAGAGCUACGAUUAUCUCCUGAAAUUUCUCCUGGUGGGGGACAGUGACGUCGGUAAAGGCGAAAUCUUGGAGAGUUUGCAGGACGGAUCUGUUGAGUCUCCAUACGCCUACAGCAGUGGCAUUGAUUACAAGACCACCACUAUUCUUCUGGACGGAAGACGAGUGAAGCUGGAGCUAUGGGAUACAUCUGGGCAAGGCAGGUUCUGCACCAUCUUCAGGUCUUACUCUCGUGGAGCACAGGGCAUCCUGCUUGUAUAUGACAUCACUAAUGGCUGGUCGUUUGAUGGGAUUGAUCGCUGGAUCCGGGAAAUUGAUGAGCACGCUCCAGGCGUUCCCAGGAUCCUUGUAGGGAACCGGCUUCACCUGGCCUUUAAGCGGCAAGUGCCUACGGAGCAGGCGAGGGCUUACGCUGAAAAGAACAGCAUGACCUUUUUUGAAGUCAGCCCUCUCUGCAACUUCAACGUUAUCGAGUCCUUCACUGAGCUGUCGCGUAUCGUGCUAAUGAGACACGGGAUGGAGAAAUUUUGGAGGCCCAACAGAGUCUUCAGCCUCCAGGAUCUCUGCUGCAGAUCGAUUGUCUCCUGCACACCAGUGCACCUCAUCGACAAGCUGCCGCUUCCCGUUGCAAUAAAAUCCCACCUUAAGUCCUUCUCUAUGGCCAAUGGCAUGAACGCCGUCAUGAUGCAUGGACGCUCGUACUCGGUAGCUAACAGCACAGCUUCAGGUGGCAGUGGCGGUGGAAGCAAAGCCAACAGUCUCAAACGCUCAAAGUCCUUUAAAUCUCCUCAGAGUCCACCAAAGUACUCAUCAUCCUCGUCAUCGUCCACCUCCUCCUCCUCCAAGAGCAACUGUAAAAUCUCAUAGUGACAGAGGGCGGUGGAAUCUUCCCUCCACUUUGCUGAUAUUGAAGCUGCUGCUCCAAGAGAUCAUGAGGCUGAUGA